AUGGCAGGCAAGCCGGUCCCUUCAUUGCAGAACAUUCUAUGGCGAAUACCGGUUGACGAGCAACGUAAGAGGUCGUGGAGCUAUGCUUGCCAUGAUGACACGUUCCACACGGCCUCGACCUUCAACUUCCGCAAGGGCAACUCCAACACCGACUUCUUCGACCCGGCCGUCAAGGGCACGACCGAGAUCCUGCGCGGCGUGGUCCGCAAAGGUGCUCAGCAAGAAGAGUAUCGUCGUCUCGAGCUCCAUGACCUCCCAAAGCGUUUGCGGAGAAGGCGCCGUGGGCAUUUGUCGCCGAUACCAAGCCCGGACUUUGACGUCACGACCGUCUGCCGGCCUAUGGUCUACGGGCAGCUGCAUGGCACCCCGGUAACAAAGUCCCUGCAGGACCUCAAUGAGAGUAAUUUCAUGCUAUACCAGAGCCCAUGCGGCCGGGAGCUCACCUCUGCGUCGUCGGUCCCGCCCGAGAUGCUGGAUUUGUACGUCGACGUGCGGGACGUGGCGCGCGCGCACCUACUGGCGGCGAUGGCGCCCGAUGCCGGUGGGAAGAGAGACAGGAUGAGCCCCGGCGGGGCGUCGAACCAGCAGCUGGCGCAUAUCUAG